CGAUGCCCCUCAAAGGUGUGGCCGCGGAUCAGGUGCUUCACCCGAGAGGAGCUGUACCGCGAGCGGUUCCCCGAGUACGCCGCGCCGCUGGAGAUUGUGCGCUGCACGGAGGGGCAGGAGCGCUUCGAGCGGGAGCUCAAGUGGCGGAGAUCUACCAUGGUGCCGCCGGGCAAGAUCUGCGCCUACGAGGUGGUGUGCCACUUGGAGGACGUGUGGGUCUUCUACAAGUGGCGGGGCAGCUUCGCGAUCGUGGCGGCGCCAGCGGUGCUCGCGGGCACGGGCGCCUCGCUGGCCUACGUGGACGUCGGCUCUGGCGAGUGGGGCCCGCUGCUGAACCCGUGCAGCGCCAGGUGGAAGCACCCUCCGUACGGCUUCCCCGCGGCCUUCUUCGUGCCGCUGAGCAACGGCGCGUGCGUGUGGCUGCGGCUCGAGAGGGCGGACGAGCUCAGGGUGCACUACAGGGAGAGCGCCUCGCCGGGCGCCGCCCAGCACCACAUGAUCGCUCACCGCGCCGCGCCCAAGAGGGACAAGGGGGCGCGCCCCCCCACCGUGAUUAGCUUCGUCACCAUCGCCAUGUGGCACGCGUUCGCGGACGGGAACUGCCACCUGCCCCUGUCGCAGGACCUCUUCGCCUUCUACGACGAGGCCCGAGGGAGGCAGGCGUUCCCGCCCCCGCCGAUCGGGAACCCGCUGGCGGAGCUCGAGCAGAGGCUGUUCGACACCUUCCGCCUCAGGACAUCUCCCAUGCGCGCCUCCCUUCGGGGGAGCAUAUGGCAGCACCGUGGGAAGGGCUACGGCCACAUCAUCGGCCUGGCACCGGGGGCCAUGGCGGUGAUCACGCGCCGGGCGGCGUUCUUCCGCGUGCCCGUGGACGUGGUCCUCAUGGCGCUCGUGGUGUGCGCCAUGGCGAGGGCGGACGCCCGUGAGGUGCUGGACUACACGCUGUACUCGCCGAUGAGGGACGGGCUGUCGGACUCGAUGUCUGUAGGCCUCUUCGCAGACUGGCGUGUGCUCCGCCUGAUGGUGGACUUUGAGCUGGCGACGGUGCUCGGCACGGUCCUGCAGGUGAACCACAAGCUGCAGCACCGCCAGUGGAACGUCUUCAACGCGCUGGACAAGCCAGAGGCCGUGGUCGUCAACAUCCAGCCCCUGGAUUUUACCGAGCGGUCGGGCUUCAUGAACCUCGGAGAGAACAUGUGGCGCGACGGGGACCAGCUGUUCAAGGAUCCCUGCGCUCACCGAGCGUUGGUGCUCCGCCCGCCAUGA